UACAAGAAAUUAAAGACUAACCAAACAAGAAUCCGCCAUGUACGUCACCAAGCGUCUUUCUCAGCUGCUGCAGUCGCCGGAAACCAUGGCGGCUUCGCCGGAGGGUCCGAACUCCGGCUACUUAGUCAUCCAAGACGAGGAAUCCGAGACCUACUCGUGUUUUGGUGCCUGCAAGAACCGAACCCUCAAAGAACUGCCGUUCCCUCAGAACAAAGAGCUGACGGUUCGAUACAGAACAGGAGGCGAACACAGCAGAACUUAUCGAGACCCUGUUUUCUUGAUCCCUGUUCUCAAUCAGCCAUUGUCAGCAAAUCGAUACUACGCCGUCGUCCCGCAUCGAAGGCAAAUCGGAGAAGCAUACGCCUGCUCCAGGGAAGACGAUAAGGUCACGUGCUGCAUCUUCAGCUGUAUUAGCGACGCUGAACCACGACCGUUGGAUCCACGCGAUGUUUACCAGCAGAUCCAGAUUGUUCCGUACGAAGGUCUGUGCCUGACCGGCGGUUCCUUCACCGCCGCCUCCGUCGCGCCGGACGGUUUCCCUCCGUCGUUCUUUAGACGGAAGGGAUGGACGAUUUACACCAAGUCCGGCGACAAUUGCGAGCUGAGCACGGCGGAGGGCGUCGAUUUCAAAAUUAGGGCUCGCCUCCCGGACUUCAAUUUCUCCCUGCCGCUCGUGGCCUCCGACGCUGUAACUGUGGGGAAAUGGUACUGCCCCGCCAUGUUCGUGAAGGAAGGAACCCUAACCCUAAGAGAGCAGGUGAAGAGAUCGAUGUACUACGCAAUUACGCUGGAGCAGCGAUGGGAGCAGAUCUUCGCCUGCAGCAGGACCGAUCAAAACAGCCGCCGGGUCACCAUUGACGCCUCAAUCGACAGGGAGGAAGCUUUUGUGGGCGGGAUGAGAGCUGCGUGGAGUGAGGCGGAGGGGUGGGUGUGGUUCAGGGCGGUGAAAGCCAUGGGAGAGGAGGAGAGAAGUAGUGUGUGUUUGAGGGCGGAAGUGGUGCAGAGGAUGAAAUGGGAGGAAGAGAGAUUCGGGUCCGGGUCCGAAUCCGAAUCGGGGUUUGGGUAUGGGCAUGGUUGGAGUGGGAAGCAGCAGCAGGUGAAGAUUAACAGAGUGGAAGAAUUGGAGGAAUGGAAUGAAUUUGGGUGCUAUGUGUUGGUGGAGAGGUUCUGUAUAAGAAGAUUAAUGGAUGGGAGUGUGGUGAUGACCUAUGAUUUCAAGCACAUUGAUAAGAUCAAGAAUAAGUGGCACUAGUCUCAUAUAGGAUGGUCUGGUGGUAUACGGAUUAGAUUUAUCUCAGACAAAUAUUGUUGUAUAAGAUAAAAUUAGGUGAUUUUUAUUUAUACUUGUUGAUAUCUUAUACAUAAAUAUGUUAUGUGCUAUUAACAACAGUUGUAUAGUAGUAUAUAUCAUGCGAAAUUAUAUAGUAUGAUGUUAAUUUAUGUGA